AUGAAUCAAGACAACCGCGAUCAGCCAAUGGAGGAUGGCCACGAGGAAAGCCUGGUAGAACCAGGGCAAGAAGAACCUCAAAGAGUCAACAAGUCGACAAGACCGAACACUAUGCCCAAAAGUGGACAUUGUGCGAAGGCACCUUUGAAAGGUCGACGACCAUCUCGACGUGGAGAGACACUACUCAAUGCGGUCGGCCAGCGAAUCUUCGCAAUAAAGACAGCACUCGAUCGCACGUGCAAUGGCUUAGAACAAGUCUGCGACCGACGGAAGGACCUUAUGUAG